AUGGUCUUCUCGACCAAAGCCUUUGCGGCCGCCACAUUCGCUACCCUUGCGCUGCCCUGCGUGUUGGGCGCGCCCAAGAUUCCUCGGACGGUCCUCAGCCCGGACUCGGUCUGCGGAAAGAUCUCGAGCGCCGUCUCGUCCGCCUCGGACGUCUACGUGCUUGGGACUAUCAAUUAUGCUACCGACCUCCAGCAUUGGGCUGUGUCUAGUUCGCAGUCGUCCGAGUGCACCGUGGAGCCUGGAACGCCUGAAGAUAUCGCGACGAUCCUCCAGAUCCUUGGAAACAACUCGCACCCCUUCGCUGUGAAGGGAGGCGGUCAUGCCUCGAACCCCGGCUUCUCGUCGACCACCGGCGUGCACAUCUCCAUGACCCGGUUCGAUGACGUUGUGUACGAUGCGGCAUCUGGAACGGCGACAUUCGGCAGUGGCCUCGUGUGGGAUGACGUCUACUCGGCCCUUGUCCCGCUCGGCGUGAACGUCGUCGGAGGCCGUGUCACCAACGUCGGCGUCGCGGGUUUCACUCUCGGAGGCGGAUUGAGCUGGAAGUCCAACCAGUAUGGACUGACUAUCGACACUAUCACCAAGUACGAGCUGGUACUGCCCACGGGCACCGUUAAGAACGUCACGGAGACAUCCGACCCCGAUCUGUUCUGGGCGCUCAAGGGAGGUUUCAACAACUUCGGGAUCGUGACUAGAUUUACCCUCAAGACAUUCCCUCAGACCGACGUUUGGGGCGGAUUGAUCACCUUCACGGUCGAUCAGAUGGACAAGGUGGUGAACGCUACGAUGAACUUCGCGGCGAAGAAUACCGAUCCUAAGGCGGCCAUUAUCACCACCAUGAACUCGAUCAGCGGCCUAAUCGUGGGGCUGCCUGGCAUCUCCCAGCUCCUCUUCUACGACGGCCCGACGCCUCCUGACGGCAUCUUCGACGAGUUCCUCGCCAUCCCUCACUUUAGCGAGGACGUAUCCACCCGGGACUUUGUCAGCCUCGUGCAAUCGUCCCCGUCCGACGCGACCGCGGGCACGCGUGGCGUGUUCCACACGGUUGGCGUCACGGACUACUCGGACACGUUCCUAGAGAUCGUCAAGAACGAGACGAUCUUCUGGGGCAAUGACUUGGUCCUGCAAUCGGGCCUCUUUAUCUCCUACGACCUCGAACCCUUCCUUGAAUCCGCCUUCACCAAGGCGAGCGUCUCCAGCUCCGCCUGGCCCCCCGUUCGGCGCAAGAUGUACCCCACCAACCUCUACUACGCCUGGUCCUCCGAGCUCGCAGACGAUGUGAUGCACUCCGCUAUCAAGCAAAGCCAGCAGCGUCUGCUGGCCGCCGCCGAGGCCGAGGGCCAGAACGUCGCGGGCCUUCCCCUGUACGGUAACUACGCCAUCUUCGACUCGGACCUCGAGGACAUCUACGGCAGCAACCUGGCGAAGAUGAAGGCGGUCAAGGCGAGGGUUGACCCGAAGAACGUCAUGGGCCUCGCUGGCGGAUGGAAGAUUACUGUUUGA